GAGCGGCGGCGGGAGCGCGGCGGGGCCGGGGGGCGGCGGGGCCGGGAGCGGGCGGGGGGAGCCCGGCCGGGCCGUGAGGGCGCGGCGGAGCCUGGCGGCGGCGGCGGAGCGGCCUGGGGGCUCCCCCCGGCGAGCGCGGGCCGAGCGGGCCGGGCCGGCGGCCGUGGCGGGGCUAUGAUGAGCCCGCUGCGGGGCUCCGCACCCCCGCGUGUCCCCCUGGCAGGUCCGGCCCGCGGCUGAGAACCCCCCACCGGCGGUAUGGCCUCACAGCUGCAGGUGUUCUCCCCUCCGUCAGUAUCCUCGAGUGCCUUCUGCAGUGCCAAGAAACUGAAAGUGGAGCCGUCUGUCUGGGAUGUUUCAGGACAGAGCAGUAGUGACAAGUAUUAUACCCACAGCAAAAACCUCCCAGCAGCUCAAGGGCAAGCCAGCUCCUCUCAUCAGGUAGCCAAUUUCAGCAUCCCUGCCUACGACCAGAACCUCCUUCUCCCUGCUCCCUCCGUCGAGCACAUCGUGGUCACCGCGGCCGACAGCACCGGCAGCAGUGCCACCGCCUCCUUCCAGAGCAGCCAGACCCUCUCACACAGGAGCAACGUUUCUUUGCUGGAACCAUACCAAAAAUGUGGAUUAAAAAGGAAAAGUGAGGAGGUCGACAGCAACGGUAGUGUGCAGAUCAUUGAGGAACAUCCACCUCUCAUGCUGCAAAACAGACCUGCGGUGGGUGCUGCGGCCACGACCACCACGGUCACCACGAAAAGCAGCAGCUCCAGUGGGGAGGGGGAUUAUCAGCUGGUCCAGCAUGAGAUCCUGUGCUCUAUGACAAACAGCUAUGAGGUCCUGGAGUUCCUGGGGCGGGGGACGUUCGGGCAGGUGGCGAAAUGCUGGAAACGUAGCACGAAGGAGAUCGUAGCCAUCAAAAUCCUGAAGAACCACCCGUCGUACGCCCGGCAGGGCCAGAUCGAGGUGAGCAUCCUGUCCCGCCUGAGCAGUGAGAAUGCUGACGAGUACAACUUUGUCCGCUCCUACGAGUGCUUUCAACACAAGAAUCAUACUUGCCUUGUAUUUGAGAUGCUGGAACAGAACUUAUAUGAUUUCCUAAAGCAAAACAAGUUCAGCCCGUUGCCCCUGAAGUACAUCCGGCCCAUUCUGCAGCAAGUGGCCACUGCCUUGAUGAAGCUAAAGAGCCUGGGUCUGAUCCAUGCUGACUUGAAGCCAGAGAACAUCAUGUUGGUGGAUCCUGCACGCCAGCCCUACAGAGUGAAGGUGAUAGACUUUGGGUCAGCCAGCCACGUGUCCAAGGCCGUGUGCUCCACGUACUUGCAGUCACGCUAUUACAGAGCUCCUGAAAUCAUCCUGGGUUUGCCGUUCUGUGAAGCCAUUGACAUGUGGUCGCUGGGCUGUGUGAUUGCUGAGCUGUUUCUGGGCUGGCCUCUGUAUCCAGGAGCAUCUGAGUAUGAUCAGAUUCGUUAUAUUUCACAAACUCAAGGCCUUCCAGCAGAGUAUCUUCUCAGUGCAGGAACGAAAACAAGCAGGUUUUUUAACAGAGAUCCAAAUUUGGGAUACCCACUGUGGAGGCUAAAGACCCCAGAAGAACAUGAGUUGGAAACAGGAAUCAAAUCAAAAGAGGCUCGGAAAUAUAUUUUCAACUGUUUGGAUGAUAUGGCGCAGGUGAAUAUGUCUACAGACUUAGAGGGCACCGACAUGUUGGCAGAGAAGGCUGACCGAAGGGAGUAUAUUGAUUUGUUGAAGAAAAUGUUGACAAUUGAUGCAGAUAAGAGAGUUACUCCACUGAAGACUUUGAACCAUCCAUUUGUUACAAUGACACAUCUACUGGACUUCCCCCACAGUAACCAUGUGAAAUCUUGCUUUCAGAAUAUGGAGAUCUGCAAGCGAAGGGUUAACAUGUACGAUACAGUGAAUCAGAUUAAGAGCCCAUUCACAACUCACGUUGCUCCCAAUACAAGCACAAACCUGACAAUGAGCUUUAACAACCAGCUCAACACAGUACACAACCAGGCCAGUGUGUUGGCAUCCAAUUCUACUGCUGCUGCUACUCUUUCCCUGGCAAACUCGGAUGUCUCCCUGCUAAACUAUCAGUCUGCCCUGUACCCAUCAUCUGCAGCCCCAGUUGCAGGAGUGGCUCAGCAGAGUGUUUCCUUGCAGCCUGGAACCACCCAGAUCUGCACACAGACUGACCCCUUCCAGCAGACCUUCAUUGUUUGUCCCCCUGCUUUUCAAACUGGACUUCAGGCAACUACAAAGCAUUCUGGGUUCCCAGUAAGGAUGGAAAAUGCUGUCCCAAUUGUGCCACAAGCACCUGCAGCACAGCCACUGCAGAUCCAGUCUGGAGUUCUCACACAGGGGAGCUGUACACCACUAAUGGUAGCAACUCUUCAUCCUCAAGUAGCCACCAUCACGCCGCAGUAUGCGGUGCCCUUUACCCUGAACUGCGCAGCCGGCCGGCCGGCGCUGGUCGAACAGACGGCUGCAGUACUGCAGGCCUGGCCGGGGGGAACCCAGCAGAUCCUGCUCCCUUCCACCUGGCAGCAGCUCCCAGGGGUUGCUCUGCACAACUCUGUCCAGCCAGCAGCUGUCAUCCCAGAGACCAUCGGCAGCAGCCAGCAGCUGGCUGACUGGAGGAAUGCACAUUCCCAUGGAAAUCAGUACAGCACUCUCAUGCAACAGCCAUCUCUGCUGACCAACCACGUGACAUUGGCUACAGCACAGCCUCUGAACGUUGGAGUGGCUCAUGUUGUGAGGCAGCAGCAGAGCAGCAAUGUGCCAGCAAAGAAGAACAAGCAGCCAGCACCAAGCACAGCCAAGCCCAGCUCAACCCUGGAGACCGUGCCCACCCAAGUGUACUCUCUCAUUGGGAGCAGCCCCCUGCGCUCCACCUCCUCCUCUUCCAACGUGCUGGUCCCAGUGCAGGAGCAGCACCAGCCCAUCGUGAUCCCGGACACUCCGAGCCCCCCCGUCAGUGUCAUCACCAUCCGCAGCGACACCGACGAGGAAGAGGACAGCAAAUACAAACCUGCCAGUUUGGGCAUGAAGCAGAGAUCCAAUGUCAUCAGCUACGUCACUGUUAACGACUCCCCUGACUCUGACUCCUCCCUGAACAGCCCCUAUGCCACAGACCCCCUGUCCUCGCUCAGGAGCACCGGAGGGGCCCUGGAGCUGCCGAGCAGGGCCGCUCCCGACAGCUCCAGCUCCCGGACCAUCAUCGUGCCACCCCUGAAAACACAGCUCAACGACUGCAUUGUAGCCACCCAGGCUUCAGGCAUCCUGAGCAGCACCAGUAAGACCAAGCCAGUGGCCUCGGUGAGCGGGCAGUCGUCAGGAUGCUGCAUAACCCCCACGGGGUACCGCUCCCACCGCGUGGUGACCAGCGGCGUGCAGCCCCUCAACCUCAGCCAGAACCAGCAGACCACAGUGCUGGCCUCCCAGGAGAGAAGUGGAAAUGCUGUCCCGCGUAGGCAGCAAGCUUACGUGGCCCCCCUCACGUCAACUAUUUCUCAGGCUCCCUACACGUUCCAGCACAGCAGCCCAGUGCAUCCCCACCUGGCAGCAGCCACGGCCAGUGCCCACCUGUCCAGCCAGCCCCACAUGUACACUUACGCUCCCACCACGGCGGCCACGCUGGGCUCCACCACCUCCAUCGCCCACCUCUUCUCCCCUCAGGGCUCCUCCCGGCACCCCACGUACGCUGCCCACCCCAGCACCCUCGUCCACCAGGUCCCCGUGAGCGUUGGGCCCAGUCUGCUGACUUCCAACGUCCCACCCGCCCAGUACCAACACCAGUUUGCUCCCCAGUCCUAUAUUGGUGCUUCCAGAGGAUCUGCUAUUUACACUGGAUACCCGCUGAGCCCCACCAAGAUCAACCAGUACUCCUACUUGUAGUUCCCAGUAAAGCACUGUCCUGCAGUAGAGAGAGAGUGGAGAAGGAUUUCAGGUGAACCUUUACCUGGGAAUGACUGCCUGGCUCGUGUUUCUCCCUGACCUGGGUGUGUGUUGUUCCAAAAUGUCUCUGGUGAGUUCGGUCACUAACUGGGCAGCAUGUUUUGUUACCAGUACGAGGGUCACUAAUUAAGUUUUUAAAAUUUUACUUACUUUUUAUAGAUGCUUUUAAAAAAAAAUUCAUGGUCACAUUUAUUUAAAAUUGUUCUGUUGUGCUAAUCAAAAGGGGUGUCAAAUCAGUGUCUUGGAAGACAGAUCCUGAUGUCUUUUUUUAACUUGUGUAACUUAAACAGAAAAGAUUUGCAGAUUCUAUUUUAGCAGCUUGCACAAAUCCAUGUUGCCACUAAAAAUGUAAUGCAUGUUUAUCUCAUUAUGUUGCUGGGGCAGUUUUAAAAUCAGAUUUAGUAUUUUAACAUUUGUUCUCUAAUUCACUUUGUCUCUAACAAAUUGCUGGUUCUGCAAAAGCCAUUACAUCUCCAUAUAUGUUUCUGUCAAAGGUUUUUUGUUUACUUCUCUGCUUUGUUUAAGGACUGGUAGAGGCAGCUGCCUUACAGCAGCAACGUGAUAUAUUCAGGAGUCCUGCAAACCCUGGAGUCUGUUUUCUUGAAAAUUCUCCAUAACCCAGCUGAAUUUUCUGUUGUGUUCAUUGCAGAAUUCUUUUAAGUUCUUCAAAGUGCAUUCAGGAUCUCACUGUGUGACAGAGCUCAGCAGCUCUGUCAGGAUGUUGUUGUCUUCAGUUGAGAGUGAACAGUGCAGCACUGCUCUAAAAUUUGGUUUCUGCAGCUUAUUAGAUGCUGGCCCUAUAAUGGAGCUGGAUUCCUUCACAGAAGCACAGGGCUUUGCUUUGUUCUGUUUUUUCUUAAUGAUUUUUUUCCUCACGUGAUUCAUUUAGGAGGGAGAUGAAUUUGAAAUACAAUGAAACAUCACUGUAUUGAUGAUGUACAGCUUUUUAUACUCCUGUGAGCGUAUCCUCCUGGAUAUGUCAACAGCUACUUUAAAGCGCUCUUAAUAAGACUUGUAAACAGUAAGUGCAUGUAGGAAUUGCAACAAAAAACCAGAAACAAAAAAACCAGAAACAAAAAAAGAGAAAGAAAAAGAA